CGCACGACAUCCCCAGUGCCGGCCGUCUCCGUCCGCGGCACGGGCACGGCACCACCCCCUGCUUCUCUCCCAGCAGGCCCAGGCCGCCAGCCGCCUCUCCUGUUCUCUUUCUCUAAAUAGCAGCGCCCGCCCGCGCGGGACACCGCCCGCCCUCCCGCGCCUUUUUCCGCUAGCCAACGCACGGCUGACGGCACCACAAGGCAAGCCCGCCCGCUCUCGGCUCUCGCUCUGCUCCUGCCCCCCUUCUCUCUCUCUCUCUCUCUCUCUCUCGGUCUCUCCCUCUUUCAGCCUGCAGCGCUAGCGAGCCCUCGCCUUCCCUUCCCCAUUAUUCCCAGGAUUCCCCUUGCGACUGCACCACGCCCCACCCAAACCCACCUACCGCCUCCGCUCCCCUCUCCAGCGAGUCGGGGGCACGGACGGGACCAGACGACCAGGCCAUGGGGAAGUACAUGCGCAAGGGCAAGGUGUCCGGGGAGGUCGCCGUCAUGGAGGUACCCGGCGGCGCGCUGCUCGGCGUCCGCACCCGCUCCCGCACGCUCGCGCUGCAGCGCGCGCAGAGGCCGCUCGACAAGGGCGACGCGGAGGACGCCGCCGCGGAGUACCUCGAGCUCAGGAGCCGGAGGCUCGAGAAGCCGCACAAGGAGCAUCCGUCGCCGCCCGCGACCGCGACCAAGAGGGGCGCCGGGAGGAAGGCCGCCGCCGCCGCCGCGGUGCAGCACGUGCUGAUGCAGGACGAGGUCGAGGUCGAGGUCUCGUUCGGGGACAACGUGCUUGACUUGGACACCAUGGAAAGGAGUACCAGAGAGACAACACCGUGCAGCCUGAUUAGGAACCCAGAGAUGAUAAGCACCCCAGGAUCCACAACUAAAAGCAAAACCAGCAGCAACUCGACGACUUCCCGCCGCAGAACGGAGGAAACCCCGAGCUGCCGGUUCAUACCGAGCUCGCUCGAGAUGGAGGAGUUCUUCUCGGCGGCCGAGCAACAGGAGCAGCAUAGCUUCAGGGAGAAGUACAACUUCUGUCCCGUGAACGACUGUCCUCUCCCUGGCCGGUACGAAUGGGCGAGGCUAGACUGCUAGAUUCCCCACCCAGCACAAGAGCACCAUUGAUCUGAUUGAUAUGUGUCUACCACACCACAAUGUGACUAGCUCCGCCGCCGCCGCCGUGGACCGUGGAGGAGGCGCAACCAACUGUGGAUCUCGAUCGCAUUAGCUUUGUUGUCUGUUGUAAAAAUUAGAGUAGUUAGCUUUGUAGCCGGAUGAAUGAUCUUGUGUAACCAACAGGCGUGGUUCACCCCUGGUCACACAACCUCACUGUAACCUGUUAACUGCUCAAGCUGCUGUAACCGAACCAAUCUCAUGUAGCGUAGGCCUAGCGCAGUCUUCUCAUCUGUUCGUAGCUCUCGAAAUUGAUUGAAUGGAAUUAGAGUUAAAAUUUGCAUGGC